GAGCCACAACACUUGCAGGUAGAAGUGAGCAGAGCAAAGGACUACAACAUCAAGACAACAUCAAGAUGGACAGACAAGUUGCACUUGAAGCUUUGGGUGCAGUUUGCAAUGCCCAGAUCACUUCUGUUCAAAACCAAAGAGCAGGAGGUCACGCUGGAGUUUUCCAAAGAGCAGGCUUUCCCGGCUCAGCAGCACCAACGCUGUCUAUAAACAGUCUCAUUUGUGCAAUCGCAGAUGGAGAUCAAACCUGCCCAGUGUCAAGAAACAACUUUGCCAGAAUUCAACGUGUUCUGCAAGAUGGAGGGCAAUGUUCAGGCUCUGACACCUGUUUUCGAACUGCACCACAAGAAAGGUCUUUCAUCAUCGAUGAGAGCGAAUUCUUUGAUCCGACAUUUGACUACGAUUUCUCUGGUCUCAAAGACACAGAGACCUAUUACAGAGGCGGAGAGGUGUAUGAACGACCAAGUGGUUGGUACCGUUUUGCCCUCAAGGUCCUGAAUAAGUAUGAUGGAAAUACAUGGCUGGGAACUCGGUACCGAAGCACUGCGUCAGUGCCAGGGGAGUGGCCUGUGUCCUACCAUGGGACAUCUAAGGAAGGAGCUGGGGGCAUCAUUGAAGGAUUCUACAAGCCAGGUCCAGGUCAGGCCUAUGGCAGAGGGAUUUACUCUACCCCUUACGUCAAUGAAGCUGUCUCUUAUGCCAAAACCUUCACUUCUCAAAAGAAUGGCAAGCAAUACAACGUGAUUCUGCAAAAUCGGAUCAACCCACAGUACAGGCAGAAACACAACAACGAUAAGUACUGGCUGGUUCCCAUCCCGUCUGUGUUCUCAGCUCAAGAAGAGCAGGCGAUAGUAGAACAGGCCAUCCGCCCUUAUGGUCUUCUGUUGAAGGAGGUCUAAAAGAGCAAGAAAGGUCCCCCAAAAACCUGCAAACUUGACCUGAAGCACAUCAACUAGAAGCACAACCUGUUGAUGUCAGAUUAAAUGUGAAGAUGAAUGUGGGAAAAUGAUAUCACUGCUGUUUGCAUGUGUAUGAAAAGAUUAAACAAACCGCUUCAAA